AUGGCAUCGGCAGCUGGCUUUCAUGAAAUCGGGCCUGCCAGGCUUGAUGAAGAUGGCUUUGUGAAGGGACGGAAGGAAGGAAUGAGCGUGCAUGGCCCCGUUGGUGGCUUCCUGCCCUUCGGCAACGGAAGGCGGCAGGCACUCACUCCGCUUCGCCCGGCCCCUUACUCCGUUCCUGCUCCCGGAGCUUCAAAGUCGGCCGGCGUUGUGGACGGGUUCGUCUCCGAGGCGGUACCGUUUCAUACCGUUUCAAUUGGGGAAAUCAAGCAAUGGCCGGCGCGGACGUCAUCACCGACGAUCGCGGCGCCGGUCCCCUUUUGA